CAUUUGUUUUUGGGAGUGAAGAGGCGGGUUUGUGGAGCCCAAGCUGGUCCUCUGCUUUGCUGGCCUGAAGCUCUCCAUUGUUUUUUGGUUUUUAAUGGGGUUUGUCUGUUGAGAGAGAAAGACCCGAGGUUGGUUGGCACAAUCGAACCAGUUCACACGCUCACUCUCAUCGAUUUCAUUCAUUUCUCUUCCAUCGUCUUUUUGAUUCUUUAUUUGUCUUUAAGUUAAACACCCAAAGAUAUAUAGGAAACCGUCAAAGCUUGAUUUGAAGGAUCCGCACGCAGAUCUAAGCUCUUUCGCUUUCAGAUCUUCUAUUCAUUCUCAAAGGGUAUUUUUCUUCUUUCUGUCCUGGCACAGAAGCAUUGACAUAAGUGGAGGAGUGAGUCCCUUAGAAGAUAAUCAAUUGGAGGCUGGUCUGGAUGAGAUGAGGUAUGUUAUCUGGGUUGAUGAAAAUUCUGAGGGCGUGCUUUUGCCCAAAGGGAGAACGACAUGUGUACUCGGGUUCUGAUGCUACUGGUCGUCAAGAUGGGCUCCUAUGGUACAAGGAUACAGGGCAGCAUUUUAGUGGAGAGUUCUCAAUGGCUGUAGUUCAAGCCAAUAACCUGCUGGAAGAUCAGAGCCAGCUUGAAUCUGGGUGUUUAAGCUCAUAUGACUAUGGACCCUAUGGUACCUUUGUGGGAAUUUAUGAUGGGCAUGGAGGCCCUGAGACCUCUAGGUUUAUCAAUGACAACCUCUUCCACUACCUCAAGAGGUUUGUUUCUGAGCAGCAAUCAAUGUCAGUGGAGGUUAUUCGAAAGGCAUUUAAAGCAACAGAAGAGGGGUUUAACAGAGUUGUGUCGGCACAAUGGCCAGUGAAGCCACAGAUUGCUGCUGUUGGAUCAUGCUGCCUUGUUGGAGUUAUCUGCUCUGGAUCUCUAUACAUUGCCAACCUGGGAGACUCCCGUGCUGUUUUAGGGAGGCUUGUGAAGGCGACGGGGGAGAUCCUUGCAGUACAGCUCUCCGCAGAACACAAUGCAAGCAUUGAAUCUGUAAGACAGGAGCUACAAUCUUUGCACCCACAUGACUCGCAAAUUGUGGUUUUAAAGCACAAUGUGUGGCGUGUCAAGGGCAUUAUACAGAUCACAAGAUCUAUUGGUGAUGUGUACUUGAAGAAAGCAGAAUUCAACAGGGAACCACUAUAUGCUAAAUUUCGGCUGCGUGAACCUUUUAAAAAACCCAUACUCAGCUCUGAUCCAUCCAUUUCUGUGCUCCAAUUGCAAUCUCAUGAUCAAUUUGUGAUAUUUGCAUCAGAUGGUCUGUGGGAGCACCUUAGUAAUCAAGAAGCUGUUGAUAUUGUCCAACAUCACCCCCGCAAUGGGAUUGCUAGAAGGCUAGUAAAAACUGCACUGCGAGAAGCAGCCAAGAAAAGGGAAAUGAGAUACUCAGACUUGAAGAAAAUAGACAGGGGUGUCCGGCGGCAUUUCCACGAUGACAUCACAGUGGUGGUUGUAUACCUCAACUCCAAUCUUGGUCCUAUCAAGGUUGCUAACCUGUCUGUGAAGGGAGGCAGUUUGAACCUGCGGCAUAACAGUCUUGCUCCAUGCGCCACCGCAAUGUAACUUGUGCGUAUAGAUAAGGAGUAUAUUAUAAUUGUUUGUUUGUUUGUUUUUCGUGUUAAUACCAGGCAGGAAUGUAGCUUCCUUCUAAAACAAUAUCAAUAUAUGGACGGGCACUGGCACUGGCACUGGCACUGGCAGGACAUCAUAUUUUAACCUAAACCUUAAUUGUAACUAAUACUUGGAUUUAGUUUGUUUACUUUACAUGUUCCUCAUUAUUCGA